AGAAUGCAAACUCCUCCUACAAGCUUUAACCAGUGCUCAGCUGGACACUUGGAAGUCACAAGACCUCUAUAUACUGCUGAUGAGAGAAGGUAUUUAGCAGUUUAUAUUUACUAAAAUAAUUGCAUUUCCAUGUUGUGUGUACUGUGAGAGACCAGAUAUAAUGAAUGCAGGGUCUUGGGUUUAGUAUGCAGGGUCCUGGGUUUAGUAUGCAGGGUCCAGGGUUUAGUAUGCAGGGUCCAGGGAGACCAGAUAUAGUGGAUACAGGGUC